AUGGUAUUAAAGAACUACAAAUAUUCGUUAUUUGUAAGGUUUUGGAUUCAAGCGUACUUAGACUUCUGUGCAGCUACAGUUUUAGGCUUGAUAAACGUAAUUUUUAUGUAGUUUUCAAUGAACAACCCUAGCCAGUAUACCAAUAUUGCUCUCUGCAUUGGAUUAUUUACUUUUGAAAUCUUAACCCCUAUUUUAUUCUUCAUGUUUUCAUAUAAGAAUUUAAACAAAAUUCAACAUAAAGAAAGAGGGUUUGAAAGACUUUGGAGCUCGUUUUUCUAUGAGUUUAAGAAUGACCAAGGACUUAUGAGUACCCAAUACUAUUCAAUUUUCUUUGUAAGAAGACUCAUUUAUAUACUCAAUCUUACCCUUUUAAUUGAUUAUUCAGCUACUCAAGUUACUAUAAAUAGCGUUCUGUCAUUUACAACUGUAUUUUAUUUGAUCAAAUAUAGACCAUACUUAGAAAAAGUACAGCAGGCUACAAAUUUAGCGACUGAAAUUGGAAUUUUCCUAUUUGUGACAAUAAUGGCAGGGAAUAUUUUUGGACUAGCAAGCAGUGUUCAAGCGAAAUUCGAGCUGACAAUGGUAGUGGUGGCUAUUGCGAUUAUGGCUGUUCAGAUGUGUGGAAGUCUUGUGAUAUUUGGGCAAACUUGCUAUGAAAUCAUCAAAGAUGGGAUACAAAAAACGACUGGAAAAAAUGCUAAAAAACUUGAACAAGUGAAUGAUCCCAGCGGACAGACAAUUCACAUGGAUAGGGAUACUGAAUUUUAUCAUAGGAGGAUAACUGAUAAUAUGACACUGGUGAGAUCUGAAACAAGGCCGACAGCUGUGGAAGAGUUUAUAUUAGAUUAA